AAGUGAAUUUGCUUUUUCGCAAGGGCGUUACAGAUGUCCACGGGUCCCUUCUCUUCGGCCGUGGGCGUUUAUAAAUAGUAAAGGUUAAUUAGGUACCUGGGAAACUGGAUCGGGGGGGGGGGGGGGGGCAGUUAGAAUUUGAUCCGCAGACGGGUAACUCAAGUGAAGCGCGUUGUCAGUGCAGCCGGGGCCUAUAUAAGCCACCUGGACGGACGGCAGUCACCAUUGAGCCUUACCUCCUCGCUCUCUGCUGCAUCACCAACUGGCCCACGAGCCUCCUCACCUGGUAAGUUGGAGAUUUUGUGCGUUGCACGUUGAAGUCGACUCGUCCUUCAAAGGAAACGGCGUAUCGAGUCCCAGUUCGUUAUUGGAUUAUCAGGCAAAAAAAGCUGAAGAACAUGCCGCUGUCAUCUAUCCUUUCUGCUGAUGCCGUCGCCAGUGCGAUCAAGGACUGCCAAGCACCAGACUCCUUUUGCCCCAAGAGGUUCUUCCAGGUGUGCGGCCUCACCAAGAAGACCGCCCAAGAUAUAAAGAAGGUUUUCAGCAUCCUGGACAACGACGAAAGCGGCUACAUCGAGGAGGAGGAGCUCAAGUUUUUCCUCCAGAGGUUUUCUCCCACCGCCCGGGUCCUAACAGACACGGAGACCAAGGCCUUCCUGAACACCGCCGACGACGACAGCGACGGCCGCAUUGGAGUCGACGAGUUCCAAGCUAUGGUCCAGUCCUAAACAUGUGGACGCCCUUUUAUCAGCUGUCCUUCAUUUUACCCCGGCUUCAAGAACUCCUUUAAUUUCGGCAUGUGGUCCACAUUAUCAUCACAGGUUGUUUUUUUUUUUUGUUUUUUUUUGUCCUAAUGAUUGACCUACAACCCAAGUAAUUGUCAUCAAAUAUACACAGAUAAAUAAAAAUAAUAAAGCCCCAUG